CAACGCAGUGAAAAACACAUUCUAUUUAGCAAAGUGCACACGAUAUUAAUUAAUUAUUAACAAGCUAUAUUAAUAUUAAUGUACCAUGACAAUGUUUGAGCGCUAUUCACUUAAUUCCAAGACAAGCUUAACAAACUUGAAGUUGGUGCACGUGCUUGGAUGGGAUGGCAAAAAGUUGCGAGUACCGAAAACUGUGGGCUACUAUAGAGAGCCGCAGAAAAUGGAGUUUCCUAUUGAUCUAAAAUAUGGCUUUGAUAAAUUUGUACCAAUGCCACCGGAAUGUUUCAAUGUGCUGCACGGCAUGCGUUAUCUCAUGCAGCUGAAGCCGGAGGAACUUUUUGACCAACCGUUUGACUUUUGCACCAAUCGCCGUACGCUGCUGGAACUUAUUGGCCUCAAUCGCAUGAAGAUGCGCACACUUGUGGCCAGCAAGUUCAAUGGCUGCAUUUAUAUCAAAACGGCAGACAAUGUGAAGGAAGGACAAGCUGAUGUCAUUCGCAUGCGCGACACUUAUGUAUUCAAGCUGCGUCAAUCGCUUGUUGUUGAUAAGCCAGGCGAUUUGCCCGAUAUCGAACAGCCCAUAAUUAAGGGAAAACAAAAUUAUGGCAUCUUUACUGCUGAGCUGGAUACUAUUAGGCUGCUAUAUUCUGCCGAGCUGACUGGCGUGGAGAACAGCGAGCUGUUGGGCAAUUUCUCUGAUCCGGCUGUGCUGCAGCAAUGCAACUUGGCAUCCAUCAAGAUCUUGCCGAAUCAUAUGCAAGAUGAUUAUUAUGUUAACUAUCGCAUGAGAGCUUGGCUGCUUCAGGCUCACUUUGCCAACAUUAAGCGCAUCCAUCUGGGCUUCUUCAAUGAAAAUGGCCAAAUUGUUGCGCCCCUUAUCACCGAAUACUCUACGGAGCUUUUGAAUAAACAGCACUGGUGCUUGCAAUGCGAAAUGCGUGUACUGCGUACAUUCCUGGAGGAUAUCAGCAUGCGCAUGGCCAACGAGGACUGUCCAUAUACCACGCAUAUAUUCCAUGUGAAAGGCUCUAAUGUAAAGUACGAAGUUCGUGAGGGCAAGAAUGAGUAUAGUUUCCUUGAUCAGGAGUUCAUAGACUUUAUGAAACUAAACGCAUGUUAAUAUGUCGCAUUUGCAUAAAUACAUAACAGCUUUUUUUAAAAGGC